UAAUCAAAUAUUUACAAAAAUGUGAGGGGUGUACUCACUUUUGUGAGAUACUGUAUAUACAUCUUAACUCAAUUAGAAAGACACAAACUAUUUUAAUGAAACUUCCAAAAAUGUAAUAAUCCGUUAAAUUCUAAGAAAUACAAGCGCGAAUGUGACAGGCUGAAUCCUAAAUGUGUUGAGCUUGGAUAUGUAGUACACUGUAUAGGGUGUAAAGGGUCAUGAUUCACACCCUAAGUAGUGUACAUGUGUAGAGAAGAGGUCGCCGUUUAAAACCGUUAUAGUCUCCAUGGCAACUAUUUUAAAGUACUAACGGUAGCAGCUAAUUAAAAACGGACGGAUAGAUACACUCACCGUCCACUUUAUUAGAAACACCUGUACACCUACUCACUUAUGCAGUCAUCCAAUCAGCCAAUCAUGUAGCAGCAGCAGCACAAUACAUAAACCCAUGCAGAUACAGUUCCAGAGCUUCAGCUAAUGUUCACAUCAAACAUCAGAAUCAAGAAAAAGUCUGAUCUCUGUGACUUUAACCGUGGCGUGGACCUAGUGGUCUUUUUAUUGGUGUGAUAAAGCAGAAGCAUCAUUAUCAUCACCAUGUUUAAGUCUGAUGUCCCUCCGACUUAUGAAGAGUCCCGACAUCAUCAACAACAGCAUUACAGCGCUCAGCCACAGGGGGGGAAUUAUCCUUUCACACCCUACACCUUUCCCACUCCAGUGUGGCAUGGAGCAGGAGCACCACCACCGGGAAUACCACCUGUUGUUCCCACCUACAUGUCCUCAGGAACAAUUCCGUCCAACCCAGGCAACAUGGAGGCCUAUGACCAAAGUGCAUUGUGGGAAAAUAAAAGUAUCCGACACGCAUUCAUCAGAAAGGUUUAUCUUAUUUUGGCGGCCCAGCUGUUAUUCACAGCCACGAUCGUAGCCGUGUUCACGUUUGUUGAUCCAGUGCGUCUGUUCGUCAUCCAGUAUCCUGUGAUUUACUGGGUGUCGCUCGGUGUUUUUUUCGUCACUUACCUCGUGCUGGUGUGCUGCGAAAAAGCGAGGAGACGGUUCCCUCUGAAUUUGGUCCUUCUGUUCAUAUUCACUCUCGCCAUGUCCUACAUGGCAGGAACGAUUUCAAGUUAUUACGAGACGAAGGCCGUGUUCUUGGCUGUGGGAAUAACGGCGCUGGUGUGUAUCGUGGUCACAGUCUUCAGUUUCCAGACCAAAGUGGACUUCACCUCCUGUACCGGUUUGUUCUGUGUUCUGGCCAUCGUGCUUUUUAUCACCGGCAUCAUCACAACCAUCGUUCUCUCCUUUCAUUAUAUUCCGUGGCUGCACAUGCUGUACGCUGCUCUCGGGGCCAUCGUUUACACCCUGUUCCUGGCCUACGACACUCAGCUGCUGUUAGGGAACCGAGCUCACAGCCUGAGUCCGGAGGAGUACGUGUUCGGAGCUCUGUCCCUCUACACCGACAUCAUCCAGAUCUUCCUCUUCCUUCUGCAGAUCACCGGGAGCAGCACAGACUGAAACACACACUCACUCACUCACUCACUCACUCACUCACUCACUCACUCACUCUCUCUCUCUCUCUCUCUCUCUCUGUGUGUGCGUGUGUGUCAGUUGUAUUCAUUCACACAAGGUCUGUGUCCUUCUGACUCUCACACUGCAGUAAAUCACACCACAGGUCAUAAAUUAAUACAUUUGCAUUGACUCCGCCCAUGAUUUCAUUCUUCUGGGUUGAAAUGUCACAAACUACACGUGAUCCUCAGAACCUGUUAUUAAAUUUUUCUAAGCUGUUAAUAAUGUUUUUACACUCACACACCUUUACUAAGUCAGAGUGUUAAUGUUCUGUGUUAAUGUUUUUCACUUCAGACAGUUUCUAUUUUCAUAAUAUAAAAAUAAAACCGAUGUAUAAAAGCGAAUCUGCAUCAGUAAUCAGUGUGUGUGCCUCGUGUUCGCUCUCAACCGUGCAUUUAUUCGUUAUUAUUAUUAUUAUCAUUAUAUCCAGUCUGUACAGGAUUUCAUGCAGUUGAAUUUUGCUGCAAUGUUUUUCUAAAUUCACAAUGCAACUUGCAGAGUUUUGUGUGUGUGUGUAAUAGUGACUGAGUUGAGACACACAAAGAGAAGCAGAGCUGGUCUCGUCAGUCAUCCGAUCUACACAGAACAGAUGAGAUCAGACUCUUCAGUACAGAGAGGACGAUCUCAUUAACGUCUGAGUGAAGCUCUGUGUGGACCUGUAGGAGAGAAGUUCACUACCGACCUGUUCUCUCUCUCUCUCUGUCUCUCUCUCUCUCUCUCUCUCUCUCUCUCAUAUAUAUAUAUAUAUAUAUAUAUUCUUUUUAAAAAAGUUUCUCUCCUUCAUUAGGUUGUAUUUUAUUGGCCAAGCACCUGAGUGGAUUUGGAUGUUAUGUAAAAUCAGAACGCUUCCACCAUUGUGUAUGAAGUUCUAAUGUACACCACUCCAGCACUAUAGCACCACCUACAGGCCAAAUAUGGAAAUAUGUUUACAAUAAUAACAAUACAACAUCGUAGAAAGGCGAUUCCUCGAUUCCCAUGAUUCUUCUGGUCAAGCAGAGUUUAAAGUAGUUUCUGCAAAUUGGAUUUCCCACCACUGUGAGUUUAAAAAAAAAAAUUUGUCCAAUCAUCAGCAAAGUUGGAUCACUGCAUCGUGAGGCCAAUCACACAAAACGAACGUGACAGUGAAGUCCCCGAACAGGGCGUGAAGGUGUCUCAACAACAGUGUGGUUUAUUCAGACCAAGCUUUAUAGUGACUAAGUGACGUGAAGUUUUGUCCAAAUUCACCUCUAGAGGGAGCUAUACUCCACACAGCUAUACUCCACACACACAAAAUUUUUCCUCUCUUCAUUGUUUUUCUUUCUUUACAAGCUUUUACAAGCUUUAUUUAUCUAUCGGUCUAUCCACCUAUCAGUCCAUCCAUCAAGCCAUCCAUCCUCUUUUUUGUUCCUUACCUUCAUUCUUUUUUUCACUGCUGCACGUGAGCAGUUGUGAUUCUUCAUCAUCUUUCUUCUUUCCUCUUUCACUCUUUUUGUUUCACUCCCUUGU